AACUUCAAGCAACAAAUGUAAUGAAAAAGUUGCCGCCAUGGGAGUGGCGCGAAGAGUGGAUUGAAGUUGCAAUGAAAAAGACAAACAUCAUUAGCUACUACUACUACUUACAUUACAUUCCUUAAUCCUUAUUCGCAACUACUAAGAAAGAAUAACAAAACCCCAAUUUUCCAACUACAAACAACCAUAAUCCAAAAUGAACAAAAAUCAACAAGAAAACCCCAAUUUCUCAGCGUUCCCUUUCAAACCCUAUUCUAUUCAAAUCGAUUUCAUGAACGCCCUUUAUCAAUCUCUCAAUCAAGGUGGCAUCUCCAUGUUAGAAAGCCCAACUGGUACUGGAAAAACCAUGAGUGUAAUUUGUAGUGCAUUGCAAUGGGUGGUUGAUCGGCGACGACAACAAGAAGAAGAAAAAGCUCUAGGGUUAAUGAGUGGGAAGAAUGAGGGUUUGGAUGAUGAACCUGAUUGGAUGAGAGAUUUUGUUGUUAACAAUAAUGAUCAGAAAGAGGUAAAAAGAAAGAUUAAGAAGGAGAAAUUUAGGGCUGUGUUAGGAAAAUCUGAUAAUGAUUGUAGGAAAAAGAAUAUUGGUGAUUUGAAGAAGAAAAUUGAUGAAGUGGGUGAUGAUGAAGAUGAGUUUUUACUUGAAGAAUAUGAGAGUGAAGAUGAGAAAGUUGAGGGUACUAGUGUAGUGUCAAAGAGGAAAGCGAGUAAAAGUAGUUUUAGUUCUUCGAGUGAAGACGAGUCUGGUGAUGAUGAUGAGGAGGAGGAAGAGGAGAAGAAGUUGAAGGUUUAUUUUUGUAGUAGGACACAUUCACAGCUUUCACAGUUCGUAAAGGAGUUGAGGAAGACGGUGUUUGCUGAUGAGAUUGAUGUUGUGAGUUUAGGUUCCAGGAAAAAUCUUUGUAUUAAUCAAGAAGUACUUGCACUUGGAAAUUCGACUCGCAUAAAUGAGAGAUGCUUGGAACUCCAAAAGAAAAAGAAAAAUGAUGCUACAAAAGUUAAGAACAUAAGAGUAGGUACAGGAGCACGCAGAACAAAGGCCUCCUCUGGUUGCCCGAUGCUUAAAAAACAUAGACUACAAAAAGAAUUCAGGGACGAGGUAUCUCAACAAGGGCCUUUGGAUAUUGAAGAUCUUGCUAACCUUGGUAGAACUAUGGGAACUUGUCCUUACUAUGGCUCUAGAAGCAUGGUUCGGAAAGUUGAUCUUGUGGUCCUUCCAUAUCAAUCUCUUCUUUCAAAAUCAUCUCGUGAAGCACUUGGUCUGAAUUUGAAAUCGAACAUUGUUAUAAUAGACGAGGCUCAUAAUUUGGCCGAUUCACUCAUCAAUAUGUAUGACUCCAAAAUUACUUUAUCACAGCUAGAGAAUGUGCAUCGUCAUGUGGAGCGGUACUUUGUGAGAUUCCGGAACCUUUUGGGAGCUGCUAAUAGGAGAUAUAUUCAAACUCUGAUGGUCCUCAUACAAGCAUUUCUCCGGGUACUACUCAACGAGAAAGAUGGAAAUCUCAUAGAUUCAUGUCGUGAUAUAGAACAGGCUUCUGAAGAAAGGAGGGCCUCUGAUUUUACUAUGGCCAUCAACGAUUUUUUAUUUGAACUAAAUAUAGACAAUAUCAACUUGGUCAAAUUGGUAAAGUACAUAAAGGAAAGCAAUAUCAUGCACAAGGUUAGUGGCUAUGGAGAAAAGAUGGCUACCUUGGAGAAGGUAUCAGCACUUAAUGUAACAGGGGAACAUGGUGAAGAUGGAAGCUGUCAGUCUGCUUUUCAGGCAUUAGCUGACAUGUUGCUAUCACUGGUAAACAAGGACAGUGAUGGAAGGAUAAUAAUUUCCAGGUCUAGUUCAACAAGCUUCAGGAAACAAGGUCAAGGAAGAUAUAUUAAAUAUGUUAUGCUCAGUGCAGAGAAGAUUUUCUCCGAGAUUGUAGAUGAAGCACAUGCCGUCGUGUUAGUAGGCGGAACACUUCAGCCAAUAGAAGAGACAAGGGAGAGACUCUUUCCAUGGUUACAAUCAAAUCAACUGCACUUCUUUUCUUGUGGUCAUAUUGUGCCGCCAGAGAGCAUUAUGCCAAUCGCAGUUUCCCGUGGGCCUAGUGGCCGCUCCUUCGAUUUUAGCUACAGCUCCAGGAGCUCAGCAGAUAUGAUGCGAGAAUUAGGUCUCUUGUUAUGCAACUUGGUGUCUGUAGUUCCCCAAGGAAUUGUAGUCUUCUUCCCUUCUUUUGAUUAUGAAAGUAGAGUCUAUGAAAACUGGGAGUCUUCUGACAUCCUUGCAAGGAUUACAAAGAGGAAGCGUGUCUUUAGAGAGCCUAGAAACAACAUGGACGUUGAAUCUGUUCUCAAGGAAUAUAAAGAUACCAUUUAUUCUCCAUCAAGUGUGACUUCAGAAGUAAACCAAGCAUCUCAUACUGGUGCAGUACUCCUUGCUGUCGUUGGUGCAAAGUUAUCUGAAGGGAUCAACUUGAGUGAUGGGAUGGGUCGAUGCGUAAUCAUGGUUGGUCUACCAUAUGCUAGCCCUUCUGACAUUGAGUUAUUGGAGAGGAUAAAACACAUCGAUGGUUUUAAAAAUUCCAAAUCCCUUGACAAUCCUGGAAUUUCUGCUAGUUAUGAUGUAUACGGAGGAGAUAUACAAGGUGGUUUUAGCAUAUUAAGAAAUAGCAGUCACAGGGGAAAGGAGUAUUACGAGAAUCUCUGCAUGAAAGCUGUAAAUCAAUCAAUAGGUAGAGCAAUUCGUCACAUCAAUGAUUAUGCAGCUAUUUUAUUGGUUGACACAAGGUAUGCAUCUGAUUCCUCAAAACGGAGUUUUACCCACCCAACCACCAAGCUCCCCAAUUGGAUAAAAGAUCGCCUCGUUACUUCUACCAAAAACUAUGGUGAAGUGCAUAGGUCGCUGCAUCAGUUUUUCAAACUCAAAAAGACAUGUUGCCAAUAGUCACUGCUACAGAUCUUGCAAAUCCAUGAUCUCCAUUAUAUUAUAAUUAUGUUACGCAUGUAUCUAAUUAUAAGUCCCCUUUUAGAGUGCAAAAGGACGCGGAGAUAACAUUCAUUUAUAACACAAUUCUCAUUUGGUUUUAUAAUUUUUACACUUCACAAAAAGGAAGAACAAAGAGAAAUUAUACAACAGUUUCAAUUGACUUUUAUCAUCAUGUUCAUAGCCUCAUUAGAUAUUUAGUAGUUGAUUUUGUGUUCGGUGGAUGUAUCAUAAACAAGCAAUGUAUUUGCCAUUCAAUGGUAAGAUAUGGUUGUAAAUAUAACAUUUGACACAA